AUGGCACCCGACGACGUCUACACCGGUGGAGACCCUUCUCUUGCCUACACCCUUGAAGAAUUGGGCCAGACCAUGUUCGAUAUCAAAGUCCGCAUCGCCAGAGAUGAAAAGAAGAUCCAAUCGAACCACUUCGCUCAGGAAGCCUUCGAACGACAACAGACACAGUGGAAUAAGAGCAUGGAUGAUCACAUGACGCGCCUGCUAACGGCCGUCGAAAAUCUGGGGAAAAAGCCACCCGAUGCCGCGACGCAAAUGUCGUCGGCGACGCCGCCCCGUGGCUGGAAAUUACCGCCCUCGCACACGAUCAAGCCGGUGGGGUUUAAUCAGGAUUCUUGGCCGAAGUUGAAGAUGGAUCCACCCCGAUUCAAUGGUGAUGGCGUGGUUUUAUGGAUCAAGAAAAUUCAGAAAUUUUAUAAUCAUACUUUCACAUCGUUAUCUGACCGUUUGUAUCUGACGGAGUUCCUUCUGGAUGAUGCGGCGGAGGAAUGGUUUGAGUGGUGGGAAUCUAACAAUAAGGACCGAGGUUGGGAUGAGUUCUUGCUCGACGUCAAACGGCGCUUCGACCCCGAUUUGUAUGAAGAUUAUGUGGGUCGUUUGGCUACCCUACGCCAGAAGGGAUCGUUGGAGUCAUAUCUAGCCGAGUUCGAACCCAUGUUACGGAAGGUGACCCACGUGGGCGACGACACUCUAACAUCAUUAUUUGUUGCUGGGUUGUCCGCACCCCUCAAGCAUGAAUUACUGAUUCGCCGUCCCGCAUCCCUCAGCGACGCAAUCUCUCUUGCGCAGCAACUUGCUGCGUGUCACACUGCCUCUCACACCAGCCAAUCAUCUGGAUCGCGUUCGGCUUGGCAGCCUCGCGAUGGCAAAAAAUACCAGAAACCUCAGAGCCCAUCCCCGAAGCAGCCUGAUCCUAUUCGCUUGCCUAAUCCAUACCAGAAGCAACAACGCGAAGCACAAGCUCCUUCUGAUUACCAUGUGGUCCGCGUUUCAGCGGCGGAGCGAGCGGACCGGACAAAACGAGGUCUGUGUUGGUAUUGCCCGGAACCGUACUCGCGUUCGCACGUUUGUAGCAAGAAGUUUUAUGCCCUUAUGGGCGAGGAUGAGGAAGGCGACCCAGAGCAUGACGAGGAGGAGUCUCUGGACGGCGAGAAGGCUGAAAAUAUGGUAAUCUCGGGCGAUGUAUCCCGCAUUCUGGUUAUUGGCCCCAAGCUCCGACCCCGUUCAAUCCGAAUUACUGGCAUGAUAUAUGAGGCUCCGGUGUCCGUGUUGAUCCAUGGCGGCAGCACACAUAAUUUCAUCAAACCCGCCGUCGCCGAACAGCUAAGUCUUUCAUUGCAUACUAUUUCUCCAUUUCGGGUUUUUGUCGGCAACGGUGCUUCGUUGCGAUGCGAUUAUGUGAGCCUCAACACCCCUAUUUCUCUACAGGGUAAUCGCUUCGACAUCGAUCUGUUUCUGCUGCAGGUCGAAGGUCCCGACGUCAUUUUGGGCGUCCAAUGGUUACAGGAAUUGGGCAAGGUGACUUUGGAUUUCCGCAAUCUGACCAUGGAAUUUUUAUGGAACCAGUCGCGGGUUAUUCUGACAGGCGAGGACAAACCGCCCAGGCAAAUCUCCUACAACAGCCUAUUUUUGCUUAUCAGCCAGGAUAGCGAGUCGGAAUUAUUUGAAAUCAUUCCGCUGGGUCCAGAUCAGACAGGGGACCUCGCACCCCAGGCCACCAUCGAUCCCGCACUGAUGUCAGUUCUGGGUCAAGUUGCUGAUGUGUUUGAGGUACCGGCUGGAUUACCACCUGCCCGCUGCUGGGAUCACCGAAUUCACAUACCUCAGUCGACCAAACCAAUCAACGUUCGACCAUACCGCUACCCGCAUUUUCAGAAAGCAGAAAUUGAGCGCCAAGUGAAGGAGAUGCUCUCUCAGGGGGUUAUACAACAUAGUACAAGCCCUUUUAGUACACCGGUUCUCUUGGUUCGUAAGAAAGACGGCACGUUUCGGUUCUGUGUGGACUACCGCGCCCUAAACCCAGCAACUACUCCGGAUCACUUUCCUAUACCUACUGCAGACGAGCUGUUUGAUGAGCUCCACGCAGCGGUGAUUUUCUCGAAACUGGACCUUCGUUCGGGGUAUCACCAAAUCAGGAUGCAUGUCAACGAUAUCCACAAGACGGCAUUUCGCACCCAUGAUGACCACUUUGAGUUCUUAGUGAUGCCGUUCGGCUUGACAAAUGCGCCGUCCACUUUCCAGGCGGCGAUGAACGGUAUCUUUAAACCGUUUCUCCGUCAGUUCGUGAUCGUACUUUUUGAUGAUAUAUUGGUUUACAACAACUCUGCAGAGGAACACAGGAAUCACCUACGUGAGGUUCUAUCGAUUCUCAGGGACAACUCAUUCUUUAUCAAGAAGUCAAAAUGUGCAUUUGGUGUAUCGACGAUUGAUUAUCUGGGCCAUAUUCUAUCUGCUGGGGAAUUGCAGGUCGACCCAGCAAAAAUCGAGGCCAUGAUGGCCUGGCCACCGCCAACCAAUAUCAGACGUCUGCGGGGUUUUCUCGGGUUCACGGGGUACUAUCGACGAUUUGUGCAAAAUUAUUCGGUUAUUGCAGCCCCAGUGACGGAACUGCUCAAGAAGGACUCCUUUAUUUGGAGUGAGGCGGCGGCAGCGAGUUUCACAGCCCUCAAGGAGGCAAUGAGCUCCACCCCAGUCCUCCGUCUCCCAAAUUUUUCCUUGCCUUUUGUAAUUGAAACGGAUGCAUCCGACUUCGGCAUCGGGGCGGUGCUUAUGCAGCAGGGGCACCCCGUCGCCUACUUUAGUAAGAAGUUGGGGCCGCGUCGUCGCAUCGCGUCUACAUACCAUAAAGAACUUUACGCUAUUGUUGAGGCGGUACAAAAAUGGCGGCAAUAUCUGUUGGGUCGGGAGUUCAUAAUUCGCAGUGAUCAGCGAAGUUUGAAGGACCUUCUCUCUCAAGUAGUGCAAACACCGGAUCAAUAA